GGUCUUCAGCACGGGGGCUUCCUAUUGGCUGCUGCGUCACCCGCCAGCAGAGUUUCAAAACAGCGCCAUGGUCAAAUUGCGCUCGAAAGACUAAACUAGUUUCUAAGGUAUUCUACGGUCUAUACUGAAUCGUUCCCGUACUCUGAUUAUAUCCCAGCAUCGUCUGAUCAUGAGCUGGCCAGUCAACCUGCGGGAUCUACCCGCUGGUGUUUUCCAAAAAGUCUUCUCUCCCGAGAAUGUGAGCGUAAGGCCUGCAGGAACGCCCCUGACAUCCCUGAGCUUCCCCAAAUCCAGAUCUGCUCUGUGGGAUGUGAGUCCUGUAGGAGAAAAGCUCUGCCUCCAGCUGUGCUCUCCCAGGAUGCCUCGGCUCCUCCUGCGUGAGAAAGCCCUUCGUCUGGCGCAGCGUCACGCCCGCCGCUGCAAAAAGUCACAUGUUCCCUUCUUCUUCCUGGGCUCCGUCUCCGUGGAUGCAGAUGAGGAGGGUGUGACUGUCAAUCUGGACCGCUUUGAUCCAGGUCGAGACCAACCUGGAACAUCAGAUCGCGUUCCCACUGUUUUGAUACCGGGAGAUGUCUUGGUUCCGUGUGUGUUCUCCACUCAGAAGACAUGUGACGACAACGUCCAAUCCGAGGCCGAGCUGUAUUCCUCCUCCUCUGACUUGCAGCGCUACGUCAGCGGCCGACAGACCCUCAAUCUGUCUCAGCUCAUAAAGGUCAAGGGUCGUAUCAACUGCCAACUGCUGGCCGACACUGCGCUCUUCGAUCUCAGCUGGUCGUAUGUCUGCCCGUCCACCUGCCUGGACGUCCAGCCGGUCCGAGCCAUCCCCAUCAUCCCCACGGCGCUACACAGGAGUCUGACCAGCCUGGGCCUGCCGGCGCCGCCCCCCACCAUCCACCGGAGAGGGUUUCUGACCAUGGAUAAGACCAGGAAGCUGGUUUUGGUGCUGGAAUCUGACCCCAAAGCCUCCAAGCUGCCGCUGGUCGGGCUCUGGAUGAGUGGCGUCAUCCACGUGUGCAAUCCUCAGGUGUGGGCCUGGUGUCUGCGGUUCCUCUUUAGCUCCGCCCUCCAGGACAGGGUACUGUCAGAAAAUGGCUCUUUCCUGCUCGUCAUCUUUGGCUCCACCCACAGAGACCCUCAGUUCUUCCAGUGUCGAGGUUCUGAUUCUGGUUCUGACGGUGGCCGAAUGGACUGCCGGUUGUUAAGCGCCACCGAAGCCGUCACGCUCUACCAGGAGGUGAAACCGGCAGACCAGCAGACUUUGCACUUUGAUUUGAGUCCAGAACGCCACGUGAGGCAGAUCCAAGCGCUCCGACAUGCUCAGGGCUCCUUCAGCAGUGGAGCUCCGCCCCCUGCCGUCCUGUCCAUCAGUAACCACGACUCGGGAGUGGAGGACGAUGACGGUUCACCGCGACCUUCGCGGAGUCCGCACUUUCCCGCUCAACAGACUCUACACGUUCAGCCGUCUGUUCCAGAACUUUCCCUGUUGAUUGAAAACAGUUUCAUCUCCAAUCACAACCUGCAGCAGGACACGGACUGGUCGCCCCACAACCAGCCCCCUCCUUCAGAAAACGCCCCCUCUUCUGCUCCUCCCGCCCACCUCCACAGCACCCCCAUCGCUGACCUCCCGCGGCCGUGCACCUGUUGCCCCGCACAUGCACACGAAUGCACGCCGGUGGUCCCAUCUGUGUUCCACGGCCCUACCCAAACGUCUGCCCCUUCCAGUCUUCACCCUGCUCCUUUUCCUCUGCCGGACUCCGCCUCCCCCGACACAUGCCCGGUUUCCUGUUCCGCCGUCCUUCCUGUUCCAGUCCCGGAGAACGAGGACCCUCCCUUCCCUAACCCUGCUUCUCCCACAUUACUCGCCUGCCAAUGCUCGAAAGGACCACAGGCGGGGGGGAUUUCACUUGACGUUUAUGUGCAGCAGCUCUACAUCCUGCAGGCUAAGGUCGAAAAGCUAUUGGAGAAUCAGGGCGACCCACCGGCCCCCAAGACCGUGACCAGUAUCGCCGUGGAAACUGGCGCCAGUCUCUAUUGGGGGGAUCAGACCCCUCCCACUCCUAUCAGCGAACCCCACGCUGCGUCCUCAUCUUCUCCUGCCCCACAUGACUAUUUCAUCAGGUCCGUGGGCGAAGCAGAGGACCGUUCUAUCGCUCGCCAAGAGGCUCUUCGCCCCACUGCUAUCCAUCCCAGGAGGAGGCAGGACGUACAGCAGCGAGAUCAGGAUGGUCUGAUUCUGCAAAAUAUUGCCAGCAACAGCAUGUUUGGGUCCGAGGCGGCAGGCAUCAUUGAGGACAACGCUCUCAUCGACCGCGAGGAGCGCGGCUGGCCAUUUAAGGAAGACAACAUGCUCGUGAUGUUGCAGAGGUUCUCCCCAGACUCCCUCAUGUUGCACAACAACAUGUCCAUGGACAGCCUGAAUUACUUGACCAAAGCCCAGAAAAAAACCCGGCGACAGACUGAAAGAGGCAGAGCGCAGCCCCCCACGCUGAGUCAGCUGUUUAGAGAGGGGGAUGCGAUCCAAAAUGCAGCUUCUGGCCGGCAACUUCAACGAGGACAAGCCAGUGGGGAACGUGCUAGACCUGGACCAACUCACACAGCUACCCAACAACAUGUCCGUGGACACCCUGAAUUUCUUCACCAAAGUCCAGAAAAAGACGUCUGCGAAUUGCCGCUACGCCGGCGACAGACUGAAAGAGGCAGAGCGCAGCCCCCCACGCUGAGUCAGCUGUUUAGGGAGGUGCGAUCCAAAAUGCAACUUCUGGCUGGCAACAACGAGGACAAGGAGAACACUGCUGCUCGCAAGCCAGUGGGGAACGUUCUAGACCUGGACCAACUCUCACAGCUACCCAAUUUCCUUUGAGCUCACCCUCGCGUGAUUUUAUUUUUUAUUGAUUGUGCAAAUAAAGUUGAUUUGGUUAAUUAUUAUUAUUAAUUGUACAAAUUAGGGUUGUCCCGAUACCAAUAUUUUAGUACUUUUCUAAAUAAAGGGGACCACAAAACAAUUUCAUUAUUGGCUUUAUUUGAACAAAAAAUCUUAGGGUACAUGAAACAUUUUUUUAUUAUUGCAAUGGAAGAACAAAGUUGUCCUUAAAUAAAAUAGUGAACAUCCGAGACAACUUGUCUUUUAGUCUUCCGCCCGAAUGCUGCUGGGAUAGUUCCAGCACCCCCCGGCGACCCCGAAAGGGACAAGCGGUAGAAAAUGGAUGGAUGGAUAAACAAACAAAGGCUCCUUAUUCGUCUGCUGACAUCUUGUCAACAUUAUGAGGGACAAUCUGAAUUAUUAAUCUACUUGUUAAUUUACUGUUAAUAUCUGCUUAUUUUCUGUUUCAACAUGUUCUAUCUACCACAAAUUUAGGUGUUGAUCCGAUACCAAGUAGUUCCAGGAUCAUACAUUGGUCAUAUUCAAAGUCCUCACAUGUCCAGGGACAUAUUUCCUGAGUUAAU